UCUCCUCUACCUGUUCAUCCCGACAGCUUGUUGAACAGAUAACACGCAGGUGUCAGCAGAGAGGGAGAUAAAAACAGCGCCUGCUAUCAAGAAGCCGAUUAUAAACAAACCUCCGCGGGUUUCAUCGCGUUCUCUAACUGACGCGCGCUCAUUCUGAGGAGGUUUUGCCAGCGCGCGACAUGGUUUAUGUGUGGAAAGUGGAUACGGGGGAAUAAUGUUGACAAUAAAUGCACUUAUUCCCAGAGGAACUUUUCAAGGGCGGAUGGAUUCUCCUCGGAAGUUUUGGGAUCACGCGAGAGUCCGUUUCUAAAUACGGAUUCUGAAUUUGGAAAGCAUCAUGUCCUCAUUCUCUUCUUGAGACUCCCAUCUGUCAAACUAGUCCUCAACCUGAACCUGCAUUAACAUCAGAUCUAAAUUAUGGAUGGUGAUGGACAGCCUCCGGCUUCAAAUGAUGACUCGAAGCUCUGCUCCAAAGGUGGCUUCUCUCUAACCAGCUGGCGUUCCUCUUCGAGGACUUUACUGCGAGGAGGAGAGGAUGUGAGCCGAAGGCUGCUGUCUGCUGUGAACCACCAGGAAUGCACAGACUCGGGGGCCAGUCCCACCUCAAAAUCCCUUGAGGUGACCACAGGGUUAGAUGGCACCUCAGCAACCACCACCACCGUGACCACAUCCACUCCGCCUCACCUCGACAAAGCCAUGGCAGAGUCAACAGGGCCUGCGGGAGCCCCUCAGCCAUCCGAAUCAGAAGAAAGGGUCUUCACUGUCCAGUCUACAUUUCUCCAGAGACAGUUCAGCUCCUUGCUGCAGCCAGGGGUUAACAAGUUCUCACUGCGAAUGUUUGGAAGUGCAAAGGGUGUUGCAGCCGAGCAGGAACGGGUCAAGUCAUUUGGGGUUUGGAUUAUACAUCCAUAUAGUAACUUCAGGUUCUAUUGGGACUUGGUGAUGCUGUGCCUGAUGAUGGGCAACCUCGUCAUUCUGCCAUGGGGCAUCACCUUCUUUGAGGAUCAGAACACACUGCCGUGGAUCACCUUCAACGUGGCCUCCGACACCCUCUUCCUGGCUGACCUUGUCUUAAACUUUCGUACUGGUAUUAUGGAAGGCGACAACACCCAAAUCAUCCUGGACCCACAAGUGAUCAGUCGGCGUUACCUUCGUGGCUGGUUUCUGGUGGACUUCAUCUCCUCCAUUCCGGUAGACUACAUCUUCCUGGUGGUGGAUAUAGAAGCCCGGCUUGAGUCAGCAGAGGUGUACCGCACUGCCAGGGCUUUGCGCAUCGUCCGCUUCACCAAGAUCCUCAGUUUGCUCAGAUUGUUGCGCUUAUCCAGACUUAUACGUUACAUUCAUCAAUGGGAAGAGAUCUUCCAUAUGACCUAUGACCUUGCAAGCGCAGUAGUUCGUAUAGUGAAUCUGAUUGGAAUGAUGCUCCUGCUGUGUCACUGGAAUGGCUGCAUGCAGUUCAUGGUGCCCAUGUUGCAAGAUUUCCCAUCAAACUGCUGGGUCUCCAAAAACAACAUGGUGAAUGCCACUUGGGAUGUCCAAUACUCCUAUGCCCUUUUUAUGGCCAUGAGCCAUAUGCUGUGUAUUGGAUAUGGUGCUCAGGCACCUGAGGGAGCAACUGAUGUCUGGCUCACGAUGAUCAGCAUGAUUAUCGGUGCCACCUGUUACGCCAUGUUCUUGGGGAAUGCCACUAACCUGAUCCAGUCUUUGGAUGCUUCCCAUCGUCAGUAUCAAGAGAAGUACAAACAAGUGGAACAGUACAUGUCCUUCCACAAGUUGCCGGCUGACAUGAGGCAGAGGAUCCAUGAUUAUUAUGAGCACCGCUUCCAGGGCAAGAUGUUUGACGAGGACAAUAUCCUCGAAGAACUCAGUGACCCGCUAAAAGAGGAGAUAGUGAACUAUAACUGCCGUGAGCUGGUGGCUAACAUGCCUCUCUUUGCGAAUGCUGAUCCUCACUUCGUCACAGUGCUCCUCACAAAGUUGCGCUUCGAGGUCUUUCAGCCGGGUGAUAUAAUCAUCCGUGAAGGGACGCUCGGCCGUAAAAUGUACUUCAUCCAGCAUGGCUGCGUCAGUGUAAUCACUCAUGACAAUAAAGAGAAGAAACUGAAUGAUGGCUGCUACUUCGGGGAGAUCUGUCUGCUGACCCGUGGACGUCGUACAGCCAGCGUCAGAGCUGACACAUACUGCAGACUUUAUUCACUGAGUGUGAGCAGCUUUAAUGAGGUCUUAGAGGAGAAUCCAUUAAUGAGGAGGGCGUUUGAGAGCGUAGCAGUGGACCGUCUGGAGCGCGAGGGAAACAGCAUUGUGCGUUCACACAAGAGUGUGGAGGAUGAUGGGGACUAAUGGAUUCUUAUUUUUUAGUGAACUUUGACCGGGGACUCACCGAAGAUGACUGAAUGUAGAAAAAAAAAAAAACAUGGUGUUACAGUGUCCAUAUAAUUGACUUAAAUGAUAAUGUACAGUUGCAGUAUGGUGUGAUUUAUCUAAUUAAAAUAGUUCUUUCUUAUUCUUAAUUUGACAUUGAAAUGUAUUGGAACAUAAAAAGAAACAAUAUCAGUCCUGUAGUUUUAAUAAUGUUUUGUUGACUCUUGAGAUACUGGAUUCAUGUAAUUCAUUUCAGUCAGAAACCAUUAGUUUAGCAGGGACCUCGAUGAAUGUGGUAAAACAUGUAUAUGCAGCAAUAUAUAUAUUAUAAUACAACUACAUUAACGAUACAAUAAAAUGAAUUUCUACUAAGCUCCUUUAGUUUCAAGUAAUAGUAACCCUUAGUCAAGGAAUUGCUCCCUGUAAAUUUUGCAUUUAGAAAAAUAUCUCCAAGAGGGAUUUGAAUAUGGUAACUCAGUACAACUCAAUGUUUAACUCUUUAAUCUUGAUCUCUUUGACAUUGCUUUCAUUUAUAAAGCUCCAGGCAGCCACCAGCAUGUAACAGUGUUGCACUUACUCAAGCUUUCAUUAUUGUGGUGCUGCUGGUGGAAGGUCUCUGGAUGUAUCAUUGAUUCCUUACGGAGGCACACAAAUAAUCAAAUCGAGCUAAAUCAAUAAAAAAAAAAAACUGAAAAUAAUAUUUCUAUUAGUUGUUUUAUAAUACAAUAUUAUACUGAAUUCUAUCUGCUUUCCGGAUCAACAUAGAGCACUUAAGAAUCAUGCACUGUAAGAAAAGAUGUCUGCUAACUGAAAGACAUGGAUGAGCUUGGACAACUGCACAUUGUCCUCUUAACUUAAAAUUAAAGUAUUAAACAAUAUGAGUCACAUAAUCACUGAUUAAACUAAUUUCCGUUUGGCCUGAGCCCUUUCUUAUCUGUAAUAAUCGGUUAUGAUGGAAAUAACCCUUUGAGAGGAGGUUGUUUUCAAACAUGCUUUUGAGAAAAAAAAUAUUUACUUAGGAGCAGGUGAUACAUUCAUUUUAAAUUAUAUUUUGUUAGUAACAUCUCUUCUCUGUGUUGUUGGAAAGAAAAAAAAGAGAUAUAUUGCCCCACAUAAUGUGUGAAAUUAUAGAGAUGAAUGAGGAGUAUUAUGAAAAACAACUGAGAUUUUGAAUGUAAAUGUUAAUUUGAUGUUUCAUAUGCCACUAUAUUAUAAAUGUAUAUUAAUAACUGUUAAAUACAAUCGCUGUACAUGCGUCUACAUACUGUUUGGUAGAAUAUUUUAAGUUUAAUGUGUCAGCUUAAUGUGUCAUCAUUAUUUACAGGGAAUUACUAUUUCAUUUAUUUAAUUGUUUUCAUACUAAACACUAAAUAAAACUGCACUUCAAACCAAAUAAAGUUGUUU